AGCUUCCUCAGCUAACAACAGCUACUAACGAUAAAUGGUGAAACUUGCGAGUUGUUUUUGACUUCAUAACAGCAGUAGAUACACAAGUUAUUACUAUUCAAACAGAGCCAGACAUUUAGUGAAUAGAGACCUUCAAUGUUUUAGACACAUUUAUUGUUGACGGAACUAGCAAUGCAGAUGCUAACUUAGCCACUGGGACGUUACUCACCCAGUGGUGUUACUUUUAUUUCAGGCAUGUUUUCUCAUCAGGACAGCCUGUUUUUGAAGACAGAUGAUUGACACCUCGUGUCAAGUCACCCACAGUAAACCGUGGAUGCGACUUCCGGGCAGCGCAUUCAAAAUAAAUGUCCUUUUUGCCGAUCUUUUUACAAGAAUGCACUUCCGUAUAGAAAACCAUGGCAGAUUCUGUUGAUUCAGAAGACCAGACAUUCUGCUUACAGGAGGUGCUCGACACUUUCAAGUUGUGUUUGUCCGAGAAUAAAGAGGUCUACCUUGAACACUACGUCGCUGGGUGGCGUGGUCUUGUAAAGUUUCUGAACAGCUUGGGGAAUGUCUUUGGCUUCAUUUCCAAGGAUGCUGUCAACAAGAUCAAGAUCCUGGUCAACUACCUGGAGGGUGAGAACGGGUCUCACUAUGUCACUGUCCAGUCAAUGGUAAAAUAUGAGCUGGAGAAUGGACUAGUGGACCUGACCAAGAGGGGCAGCCAUGCAGAGUCAGGCUGCCGUACUCUACUGAGGCUGCACCGUGCGCUGAGGUGGCUGGAGCUCUUCCUGGAGCGCCUCCGCACCAGCAGUGAGGACAGCAAGACAUCUGUCAUGUGUGCAGAGGCCUACAAUGAGUCUCUUGCCCAGCACCACCCUUGGCUGGUCCGUAAGGCUGCAGGCAUGGCGUUCUGCGUGCUCCCAGGGCGUCCCGCUUUCCUUGAAGUGAUGAAUGUAGGGCCUCCGGAGCAAGUCGUGGCCAUGCUAGGGGACGCUCUACCUCUUAUCUCUGAGGUGUACCAGAUCACAGAGGAACUUUACGCUCAACAUAAUCUGCUUGAUUUACCAUAGAGAGCAACAAGUACUAUUGUCUGCCACUUUAAAUGAUUAAAUAUCCUCUACUUGUCCCACCUGAAGGGCUUUAAAGCUAGCUACUACUCCUGUUUGGUGAUUUAAGUGUUUCUCUGUACAGUGUUGGAUACAAAUAAUUUAGCAUCAUUUCAUUGAUGCUAAUCUGUACCUACUGCAUUAUCUACUGUUAAUUAUAAUGUUGCAUGUUAGUCUUUAUAAUCUGAAUGAACUUUAAAAUUCA